UAGAUUGUAAAAAAAAGAUUCAUAUUGAUCUAGAUAAUUUCAAAAAGGUACUAGCUUUAACUUCAUCUAAAACAGAUCAAUCUUCUAGUCAAAAAAUUCACUCAAACUUAGCAAGACCUCUUUGCUUUUUUACUAAUCCUCCAAUACCACUUUGA